GUGUCAGGCACAUGUGGGGCAGAACGACUUUGAGUGUGUGGGUCGACGUGAGCGCGUGUUUGGGGGAGUGACUGACUGGGGAGCACCAUCGAAGUGGAGUUGCAUCCUGUUGUGAACGUGCAACGGCGCGUGUGUUGCUGUGUGUGCGUGUUGUGUGUCUGCGAGGAGUGUUUUCUGUCAGAUCAAGUUCAAAGAUGAAGAGAGGAAAGAAGACGGAGGAAGCAGCGGCAGCAGACGGGGAGAAUGACUCCGGCUCUGCUUCUGCAAAGAAACCAAAGAAGACUAAGGAACCCGAGGCCCCCAUUCUGUACGAGGACCCACCCGACAAAAUGACCAGCAAAGAUGGCCGCAGCGCCAACAUGAAGAUUACGUCGUGGAACGUGGACGGGCUGAGGGCGUGGGUGAAGAAAGGGGGCCUGGAUUGGGUGCGUGAGGAGGCCCCUGACGUUUUGUGCCUCCAGGAGACGAAGUGCGCAGAGAAAGACCUCCCUGCUGAAAUUACCUCCAUGCCAGAGUACCCACACAAGUACUGGGCUGUCUCAGAUGAUAAGGAGGGCUACAGCGGGGUGGCCAUGCUAAGCAAGACCGAGCCGCUCAAAGUCACCUAUGGCAUUGGCAAAGAGGAGCAUGACAAAGAGGGCCGCGUCAUCACCGCCGAGUUCCCCACCUUCUUCCUGGUGACGGCGUACGUUCCCAAUGCCAGCAGAGGCCUCGUCCGCUUGGAUUACCGCAAAACCUGGGACGUGGACUUUCAAGCUUACCUGACUGAGCUGGACGUACAGAAGCCUUUGGUGCUUUGCGGCGACCUCAAUGUAGCCCACCAGGAGAUCGACCUGAAGAACCCAAAAGGGAACAAGAAGAACGCGGGGUUUACCCCAGAGGAGCGCGAAGGCUUCAGCCAGCUGCUGGCGGCCGGCUUCGUGGACAGCUUCCGCGAGCUCUACCCAGAGCAAGCCAACGCCUACACCUUCUGGACCUACAUGAUGAACUCCCGCGCCAAGAACGUGGGCUGGAGGCUCGACUACUUCCUGCUGUCCUCCUCGCUGGUGCCAGGCCUGUGCGACAGCAAGAUCCGCAACAAAGCCAUGGGCAGCGACCACUGUCCCAUCACGCUGCACCUGGCUGUGUAGACGGUCAGAGAAGUCAUCACUGAAGCCAUAGUCUGCCCAGCCAUUGGGAUGGAGUCCUAGAGUCCUUCUAGAAAACUCAGUUGUGGUUCUGUACUGCUGUCUUUUCUUUCUCAUAAACGUCCCUCAUUGCAGCUCAUGUUUUUGUCCUGAGUGGAUCCUGGGAGGUGCUGUAAAUGCUGCAAACACUAAAACGCUGUCUAAGCUGGCCUUUAAGGUGCUUCUGUCCUUGUUUAAUAUGCAUCUGUAAAGCUCUUCUUCUUACCAACUGUUAGAUGUUGUGAUACAUUGUUUUCAGAUUUAAAAAUAAAAGCGGAUCAGACUUAAA